AUGACCGAAGAUCGCAUUGUAAAGCCCACUGACGCCGAUGCCCUCAUCCUAGAGGCAUGGGGCCAAGGCUUGAUGCUGGGAAGCUUGCUGAUCAUGGCGGCCGUCACUGUCGCCAACAUGAAGAAGCACAGCAUGCUCCACAAGUUGAUCUUUGCCGAGCUCAUCUUGGCCAUGCCCAACGGCACUUUUAUUUUUCCACACGAACCGGUCUAUGGAUGGUACCUGUCUAUCACGGCCAUCGGGCUCAAUGUCUCUUGGGCGCUGCACAAUGUCAUCGCGUGGAUGAAGUGCAAGCCGUUUCUCUCGCGAAAGGUGUCGAUCUUCUACAUUGUGACUGUGAUUCUUUGCUUCCCAUACUGGGGUCUGGAGAUCUAUGCCAACUUUACUUACUUCAACAAUAUCAACAAGAUAUUCUUGAAGACGAGGCCUUUGGAGCCAUUGUUCCGUGAUCCAUGGUGGAUUUUCACAACUGUCAACCUGUUCUGGACCAUCAAACGCCAAUACAACUUCAGUCUCUUCGAACUGGUCAAAGUCAGCCCCCGAUUCGGCGUCAUGCUUCUAGCAAUGUGUCUAUCCAUUGCGUUCAUGAUCGUCGACACCUGCAGCGUAACCAACGCCUUUUCAAGUCUUCUCCCGGUAGGCGUCGAGCCAUUCUGGAAGUUAUCAUUCGUUUUCAAAUGUCUCUGCGACACAGUCAUCCUCGACGACUUCAAAACAGCCCUGGAUCACAUGCGCGCUCACUGGAUGAAGAAGACCGCUAAUACCGAGCUCCUCUCGACGCCAACAUCCGUCACUAGUCCACGCGUUCGCAGAAUCCCGACUGACGUCGAGGCCAUGCCUACCCCGACCGACAACGCGAUCAAGGUCACCUUCACUCGCACGGUCCAUAUGGAAGAUAUCCCUUUGCGCGGCGUGUAG